AAAAUGGAAUUUUUUAACAUAGUAGAAAUCUUCAUGUAAAUCUGUCACAUAUUAUAAGAAUUUGUGGUAAUUCAAGAUGGAAGACGGUGAAAAUAAAACGGACGUUGGGCUGGAUAAAGAGAAAAAGUCGUACGCUGGAAUACCGGAGGCCGAAUUUGUUGAUGAUGUCGAUGCUUUUAUGGCAAGACCUGAAAAUGAAUCAGCAGACAAAGUACUCCAAAUGUUGGAUGAGAACCAUGGAAAGUAUAAAUUUAUGGAAUAUAAUUUAUUUAAUAAGAGAAAACGUUUGAAGGCUCAGAUUCCAGAUCUAGAGAGAUCAUUAGAUAUGAUUAAAAAAUUACAGCAAGAGAAAAAUGAAAGCAAAGAAUUAGAGACACAAUUUCUUUUAUCGGAACAAGUUUAUGCAAAAGCUGUUAUUCCUCCUACUAAUAAAGUGUGUUUGUGGUUAGGAGCCAAUGUUAUGUUAGAAUAUACUUUGGACGAUGCACAAGAAAUGUUAACAAAGAAUAUCGAAGCAGCAAAGAGAAAUCUAGGCUAUGUUGAACAUGACUUAGAUUUUGUGAGAGAUCAAUUUACUACAACGGAAGUUAAUAUGGCACGUAUUUAUAAUUGGGAAGUAAAACGCAGACAAGCUACUAAACCAACAUGAAGGCUGUUUUUUAAAUAAAUUCAAUUUGCACGUGUUGAACGCCUAAAACUCAAAGGGUUACAUUAUUAAAUGGAAAGAGCCUGUGAAUAAAAAGUACUGUUGGAAACUGUCAAUGGAAUAAAGGAUUCAAAUGCCACCACAUAUUUAGGUUAUAAGCUAGAUACACCAAUAUUUAUGUAUAUUGCCUCAAAUACAUUUGGAUUCUAACUUAA